AUGUCGUGCAUCGAGUUGUAUGUUGAGUUUGAGCAAUCUGAAGCGGACCGUAACAUUGAAUUGAAAGAUUAUAAUAGUGAAAGCGAGGAUGAAUUUGAAAGUAACUAUGAGAUCGUUGGUCCAGGUGAAGACGAAGAUGAAGCUGGCGGCGCCAUGAACGCAGAUGUGGCGGAAGUUACAAAUGCACUAGAUUUAUUUCUUUUGAUGUAUGCAGCGCUUCCUGUUGUGGCGGAUGGUGAUUUCACAGUGGGGAUGGAAUUCAGUUCAAGGGAGGCAGUAAUCAAGGCAAUAAAAGAUUAUACCAUCCGGAGAGGUGUAGACUAUCGGGUAUAUGAGUCGGAACCAACGACAUUCUAUGCCAAAUGUACAGAAUAUGGCAAUGGUUGUGACUGGUUAAUCAAGGUUACCAAAAUGCAGAAGAAGUACUGUUGGGAGAUAAGGAGAUACAAUGGAAGUCACACUUGUACUAGGUCUACUAUUUCUCAAGACCAUUCGAAGCUGGAUUCCAAGACAGUUGCAGAAGCAAUUAAGUCGUUGGUAGAGGUUGACCUGUCUAUAAAGGUAAAAUCAGUCAUUGAUGAAGUCCAGUCAAAGUUUAACUACACCAUCAGUUAUCGAAAGGCUUGGUUAGCAAAGCACCAGGCGGUGGAAUCAAUUUUCGGAGGUUGGGAAGCAUCAUAUGAAGCUUUGCCCAUAUGGUUUGAGACCAUGUGUCACAAGGAGCCAUCAGCAGUGGUUCACUUUGAAACAAUGCCUGCUUACCAAGGGGAUGAUUUGGUUCCUGAUAUACGUGUACUGCAUAGAGUCUUCUGGAGUUAUUACCCUUGUAUAAGGGCCUUCAGACACUGCAAGCCAGUGAUGCAGGUGGACGAGACUCAUUUGUAUGGAAAAUACAAGGGUUGUUUAUUGGUUGCAGUCUCACAAGAUGGUAAUAACAACAUCGUGCCUAUUGCAUUCGCCAUAGUGGAGGGAGAGACUUCUGAUGCAUGGUACUUUUUUCUGAGUAACUUGCGUCAACAUGUGGUGACACGUGAUGGUGUGGGACUUAUCUCUGAUCGACACGAUUCUAUUAGGUCAGCUAUUGAGAGAAGUAAUGGGGGUUUGGUCUCCUCCUAG